AUGGCACACAGAGUCGAAUUCGGAAAGGAGGGGGAGGGUCAUCGGUCCAACUUGUUCGCUGAGGAGAGAUUUUUCAUUUGGCAUACGGUAGCGAAACGGCAUGGGCAACAGACUCGUCUUGAGGGCUUAGGGAACCUUGAUGCUGUGGGUAUUGGAGUUUCGGGAGGAAAACUACGAAUUCAGGGUUUCGUGGUGGGACCAGGAGGAUUUUUCUGCGCGGUAGAACUUCGGUAUAGCCGGCAAAACAUGGUUAUAACUAACGAUUUUAGAGGCCGUGUAAGUCAAUACGCAUACAGUAAAACCUCUUUAUAAAAAGUUUUUUUUUGUGCCAACGAUUUUUCUGUUUUUUAUCAGUCUGUCGAUAAAAUAAUGAGCACUCUGUCGCAUCCCAAAAAUCGCAUCUCCGCCAAGAAAAUGAACUGUGUCGCGGCAAAACCAAAUCUCUUUUCACUUCAGCGACGUGAUCACCCAAGCGACAUUGUGCUCAUUAUUUUCCCGACAGACUGAUAUCCGGAAAUAGCUCCUUUUUUUCCCAAACAAACAACAAGAACCCUAUUAAGCAUGCCUUCAGCAGCCCCCUAUUUAACCGAUAAGGAACUCCCCUUGACUUUUGUUUAUCCCCAAAAACAAAUUCUCGGCAAUCUUCGGCCUGUUUUCGUCCCAAUAUCAUUCAAGUUUUUUCCCUGUAAUGGCGUCUUUACGGUUCUGUUUUUCGGUCGGUACAUGUUUGGUCGUCUCUGGUUUUUUCCGCUGGAGCGCGGAGAUCUACACCGUCGUGCGCUGCGGGGAAAAACAAAAAACAACUGGUUGUUUUUCUCCCCCCAACGAGCUUGUUUCAACGGUUGUUUGAGGAGGGGAAGGCAUGGUGGACGAUCGAGGAUUGUAGCUUGAAGAGGAGAUGCCGGUGGUUGGAGGGUGUAUUACCAUAGUUGCUUUAGGGGGGCUUGGCCGAUUACUUCAGCGAUUUGAUCUGAUUACUACAGUGGCGGACCUAAUCCAUUGGGCAAAAACGUACCAUUUUGCAUCCGGGAAGUAUCAAAAAUGCAGCCAAACUACCUCCCUCCCCAAGUAAAAAAAAACUCAGAUUUCAAAAGCGCGCGCUGAGGGAAAGCAGUUCAAACCGGAGUUUUUUAGUCGGAGAGGGAGGCAUUUUGCCAAAUUUUUGAUACUUCCCGGAUGCAAAAUGGUACGUUUUUUGCCACUGGAUCAGGUCCCUCACUGUAGAACGUUCGUAAAGGACUAAUUUCGGCGACGUGAACUGCGCAUAUAAAAUCAGGGAGCUAGCGACAAGCCAAAGAAGCCUAUUGCAUGGUGCAAAUUAGACUUUUGUUUUCGCACAAUGCAUGUCGCAGAAACCACUCCAGCUACUUUGCGAACGGAAAAGUACGGCCUCAUGGUCUUGGGGGUAUAUUGUGCGAUCUUACGCCUAAAUCAAUCCCUUUUUCAUAGGGUUUGAAGCUUUGAAAUAAGUAUAAUAAUUUUUGAAAAAUAAGUAUUAUACGUUAUUAUACAACUUUUGUAAAACUCGCCAGCAACAAAACCUGUCUGUAACAAACGAUUUCAAAGACAUAAAAAUCAAUAUUGUGCCAAAAUAAACCUCUAUACAAAGAAACCUUUCUACUAGUUUGUUCGCAAAUUGCUGGAGAAAUUUUUGGUGUUUUCACUGUGCAGAAGAAGUCAAGUUACGAACGACAGCCUAGAAAAGCCUAUUGCACGGUGCAAAAAGCAUGAAAUUGUACAGUGCAAAGCAAAUUUUUGUUUUCUCACACUGCAUUUCGCAGAAAUCACUCCAGCGAUUUUACGAACCGACUAGCACAACUGUCCAAAGGCCCGACAACCCAGUAACGAGACAAGACGCUCAAGAGUCAAGUGAUUUAUUCAGUGGAAAGGAGGCCCUUUUAUAGGGAAGCCCCACGUAGGAAAGUACAAUCAAAUUUGAAUAAAUGUAGAUCGUUCCUCGUGGGAAAAUCCUCGAAGCUCGGUCGUUCCGCCUCACAACAACAAACAUUUUUUUCCUUGCGGUUUGCUGUACAACGGCUCCACUUGACCGGAGUAGAAGUAGCUCCACUCCACCGUGGCCGACUUCUUACGGUCGGCGUCGUCUCAAUUCCCAUGGCUUCCUUGUGCCCUAUCUUCCCCAAAAAAACAACAAACAGAUUAAGUCGCUGCCGAGACUAUUAUCUUGUUUUUUGCUCGGUUCAAGAUCUUGUCUGCCUUAUUCUCCGACCAUCCCCAUUUCCGCCGCUUACAAUAACGACCGUUUUGUUUUCGAACAGAGCGUAUUUUUUCUUCGUUUUUGGAGUGUUCAACCUGUACUCGGGGCGAGGAAAUAAAUAAAAACAGGACCAGGAGAUGACGGGGCGCGGUUGUUUUGCGUCUUCGAGCCUGCGGUUUUUACCAGUUUGUUUGGGAGCUUGUUGUUUGGGGUGGGUAGAGAUUAUGGGGGAAAGUAGAACAUAAAAAGUGGUUGAUUGGGGGGAUUUUGGAGUAAGAUUGAGUUAACGAAGCCUCUAUACAACGAAAUCGCAAGGGAUCAGAGAAAUUAGUCGUUAUAGAAGGGCUUUGUAGUACAACGUAGACGUAGAUUCGUUUGGCAAAAAAUUGAGUUGUGGGGUCUCUGAAAAAGUUUGUAAUGGGCAGCUUCUGUAGCAUAGAAGUUAGAUAUACAGAGCUUUUUCUGAUAGUAGGAUUCUGAGUGGCGCUUUGGAGAAAAAAUUAAAAAUUUUUGAUCAAAACUUUGCCUGAAAUUCGAAGUAUUUUUUAUCGGUAGAACGUUGACUUGUCUUUUUUUCAGUUGUCCUUUUCUUUCUAGUGUAAUAAGCAAGCGUUCUCUAAAAAAUAUUUUUUUUCUACGUGGAAUUUGCAAAAAUAUGGCCAAAAACAUGUUGCACGUUGCUCUUUGACUGCUCUCCACUUUUUGCGCACUAUCUCGUCGGUACGGAUCUUUGAAUCCCUCCGCUACUUUUGCAAAGCUGAAGCUAAAAUUUUUAUAAGCUGAUCAAGGCUUUUUGCGAAGAUUAUUUAUUGUAUGUACGUAAAUAUAUGCCAUGUAUUAUGAUGCUACUGUGAUUUGAGUAAAAUGCGUUACUGGGACCUACACAGGCGUUAGCUAAGUCCAAUGAGUCGAAAGAUGGCAAAACAAUUAUUUGAUGUAGAAGAGUUUCGUUCUACAGAAGCUCAUUUUGACCUCGAAUUGGCCUUUGAGAACUCUAGAAUUGGUCGUUAUAAACAGUGUUCUGUUUAAAAAAGUUCUUUGUACAGAACAUCACUGUCUGUGUUAAUAUUGCGCGGAGAUAUCAAGUUCGUACUUUUGCUCCCCCAAAAAAACCCACCACUUUCAGAUAGUUAAUGUCUCCCAUUCGCGCCACACAUCAAGCUCCUCCAAUUUCUCAGCAUUAAAUCUACAAAAGCGCCCUCGGAAUUGCCCUGAAGUUGUGUUGACUUCCGGUUAUUCGACAGGUGUUUUCAGCCCGACUCCGUUCCAGUUCCAGGUAAGGCAUUGAUUAUGCUCUCGUUACGCGGCGUUACGUACGCCCGGAAUGCGGGUAUUCGAAAUUCCCACGGCCUUGUUUCAGUGCUCCCCCAUUUUGGGGGUGGAAGAGGUUGUGUGGUAGAGGAUGCGCCGCUCAAAGGUAAAUUACUCCCGUUUUCCAAUAAAACCGGCGGUUCUUCAAACACGAAAAAAACGGUUGUGGAAUUUUCGACGCGGAUCUCGCGAUUUCUCUCCAUUCAAAUUCCAAUCCCCAAACUUUUACGACGCGCAUUUUAAGUUCAUGUUUAACGGCUUGAUAUCAUCAUUUGGACUUUACCACUUAAUAUUUAUAGUCAUCACAUCGUUUUGACGCGACAAUACCGUCUAUACGAUGAUAAUUUGCCUCUAAUCCAAAUAAUAUUUGUUUGGCGGGUUGUAGUUUUUCACAGACGAUGUAAUCAUUUUACCGCUGUAGGGAGAGGAGGGGUGUGCAGACACUUUUGAUGCAUGGUUAUUGCCUCGGUUCUGAGUUUGUCUGGUUUCUAAGGAACUUUUUUUCUUGGUCUUUGAUCAUUCGCGUUACAUGCGCGGUUCAAUGGAAACGUGGGGAUGGAAGCGGGACGGUGGGUGGUAGAUAUUAACAUUGUCACACCUCUGUAGAACGAGUUGCAAGAAUCUAUUCGUUAUGGAAAGGUUUUGUUGUAUAGAGGUUUAAAUUGCCCUAGGGUCGAGUUAUCUGACUUCGUUUGUUUGUUAUAUAGAGGUGUUGUUGUAUGCGGGGUUAUUGUAAUAUGGGGGCCAGAAGUCUUGACAUUAUGUCUGACCAAAAUUCUGUGUGUUUUAAGGCUUUUACGGUCGUCAAAAUUAGCUAGGGUGACCUUUUCCUACAGUAAUUUUUUGUUACAACUUUGUUACAACCCAUUUAAGCUAGACCUCUCGAACUCUGCUGACCCAUCAAGAAGUCGUUGAUGUUCCCAUAUAGUAACCCCCAUUAACAAUUACAUUUCUAUUAACAGUCUUAAGAGCCUCUUUUCGCUUUCUUCCACAUCUCUCCAACUCCAGAUCACCGUUCGAACCGCUGCAGGGUUAUGAACUCCUCUCGCCGCCAUUUGCUCCAUUUUUAUUUGUUUCAAUAAAUAUUUUCUUAUGCUGAAAAAAGGGUCUUCCGGGGGAUCACAUGCUCUCCUUCAGGCGUUCGCUUUUCCCCCGCUCCACUGUUGUCUUGCGAACGGUGUGAUACCAUCAAGGUCGUUGACCGGACAGUGUUCUCGGCAACCGAUCACAAGUGUUUCGCCGGAGCGCCAAGCCUUGUUGCAACGAGUCUUUUUUUGUUGCAACGAUCGUACGGUACAGCUGUUUCGUUUCUUUCGCGUCAGAUUCGCUUUCGGAUCGUCGGCGUCUGACCCGGAUCCGUGUUUCGUGCAGAAAACGUAGAAUUAACUGUGUAAAGGGAUACUUUUCAUAUGGAGGGGAAAGGAGAUCACGGCCCUUAUUAGUCAGCCCGCAACCCUUGCCUCUCUCUCCCCUUUCUUUCCUCCCCUCCGUCCACUGCUCGCUCAAAAAUCCGGCGCCGGUGUUUUUUUGCCUCCGGAUUCGUUUCUGUCAUCGUUUUCGCCUCUUUUCGGUUUGAAAGUCGGAGAGGAGAAUGGAAGGGUUGAAAUGAGUUUUUCGUAUGUGGAGAUCGUCAUUCGGGUAGUAGGGUCUUAUGAUUACUAGUGCAGUCAAACCUCUGUACAACAGGUUGGCGCACAGCAAAAAUUGUCUAUAACGGACAAUUUCGGAGGUUGCGGUAGUUAAUUUUGGGUCGGAAUAAAAACUUGCUGUAGAAACGGCACCUUGUAUAACGCAUAUGACAGCCUGGCGGGGAAAUAAUGGGCACAACGUCGCUACGCCAAUCGCGUCGCUGAAGUGAAAAGCAACUUGAUUUCGCCGCGACACAAUUCAUUUUCUCGGCGGCGAUGCGACUUUCGAUGCGACGCGUCGCGACGGUCACUAUUUUCCCGACAUGCUGAUAAUUUGUUUGUCAUUCCCUUUUGCUGUGCAGAUGGUUGACUGUAAUCUGUAAUCACACAGUAAUCAUAAUGACUGUUAUAUUGGUCUAUAAGUUACUGUUUGAAACAAAGCCGAGCCCUCUCUUCCGUCCAUCCAUCCUUAACCACCGAGUCCCCUCUUUAUAGUUUUUAUAACACUGCGGCGCCUUGUCUCGACGACCCUUCGGAACCACCGAAAUUCCGCACUCCUCCUCCUGCCCCGCUACUUCCAAAACGCUUCACACACCACACACACACCCACAGACACACACACGCUCGGAACCGUGUUGGACUUGGUCUUCUGAGGCACUGAUCUUUUUGUCUUUAAACUGCGAAAAGGAGGCGCAUGAGGAGGCGAAGGUCCUUCUCCUCGCAAAAAUGAGGCAAAAUAAGACAUCGAGCGGCCGAAAACGGAAGAGCACCCUCCGUUUCGGGCAAACUAUUUCCAUCCCGAAGACCGGGCCUUCCACUUUUCUUCCGUACGCGCUUCAUCCCCGUUCGCCGCCGUGUUUCUGGACUCCUGGUCGAGUUCGGAAACGCGAAGAUGCGGGUUCGUUGUGGAAUCCUUGUUUACCGCCGCUUUUACAACCCUCGCGGCGCCACAACAAUCACGAAGGAAGAGCGAAACCGGCGUGGUACGCGAACUUCGAGCUUGUGAAAUGGUUCACGGCUACAAAAGCACUCGACUUGCGAAUGUGCACGUCCCCAGACUAUUUUCGUAUUUCUAAUCAAAUAAAUUGCCCCGCGGGCAAAGGGCCAUCUUUCCGCAGGCGGGCUACUGUACGGGGCUUAAACCCCGGUUGUUUUCACAUUUGGUGUUGUUUUUUGUUUUUGGUUAUACCUGUUAUUCGCAGAGAUCCCGGGUCUCGCGUCGGUUCUGAUAUUUUUGUUUUGCAACAUGGACGUCGCUUUAUUAAUCUUGAUUACAAAAUUAGACUGUGAUUUGGGCGGCUAUGGGUGGUCCGGCUUUGAAGCGUUCGAUAACCAAAUGUUUUUGCUCUGACGAAGGAAUCAAAGGCAUGACGUUCGUUUUGUUUAUAUGCUCUUUUUCUGUUUGCGCUGGGCGGAUCAAAACAUGCAUGCAAAUCACGUGAAAAGAACUUCCAAACGCAUCCAACAAAAUUUUGGAAAUCCUGUUUAUGACUCCGAAUUUACUUUUUUGAACCUCUGAAAUUUUUUGUUGUAGACAGGUUUCGUUAUAUACGAGUUUUUUUUGCUUCGUGGCCCCUCGGGACCAUAAAGAAAAAAGUUUACAACGAAUUCCAAGGACGAAAAAGUUUUAUUCGCUACAGAAGCGGUUCGUUGUAUACGUCUUGAGUUGUCCUAAAGUUGUAUUUGGUAAUCUUAAAAUCAUUCGUUAUAAAAAAGCUUUGCUCCAGCGAUUUUUUUAUCCUUCCCAUUCUUUCCUUGUCCAGCUUUGUUCUGGGUCCAUUCCCACAGCGAGAGAGCAUUUUUCUCUGUUUCUUUUCCCAAAUCUCCACGUCAACUUUGCAACCAACAAACAAAUUUUUCUUUGACCUACUGAUCACUUGAUUUUGCUCUCCAAAAUUUUUUAAUUCAACGCCAAAUCAACUCGAAAAGAGACGAUGACGCGGCGUUGAAGGAACGCUCAGAAAAUGCAAUUCCCUUUCUUCCGACGUGUUCAAUCGAAAGUGAUACGGGUGGGGGGUUUAUUGCGCCUUUCGCCCUAAUCAGAAUUCGCUUUAAACUGUUCAGUUCAAUAUUCAAUUUUAUGCGGGCUUUGGUGUGUUUGCGAUUCGAGUAUAAUGGCGGGUUAAGAGCCAUCAGGUAUAGUCUGUGAUAUUGCACGUUGUUUUGAACAAUCUCCACUUCCCGCUUCUGGUUUUGCCUUUGGCAGAUUGGGCGUGUAAGUGGAGUAGCCGGGCCCGCUCGACCUUCAGGCCCUGCCCAUGCGAUGUGACCUCCGUUUUCCGGGCCCACAAAAACCCUCGUGGCGGAUCUGCAACCUUUUCUGCCUCGCCUUCCAUUCUGCUCGUCCGCCUUCUUGCGGCCAAUUUGUUUCCCUCCAUUUUCGGGGAGAGUGAGCGGCCGCCGGGCGAGGAGGAUGACUUGGAACAACAUUUCACCUCUUUCGCGAGAAUUCGGCCCGGGGUUUCGUACCGUACUCUCGGCACCGGCUCGUAGCGGGAGAUCAUCAAUUACACUCUAGUAGACGGCAAGAUGAACGUAGCAGAAAAUAAGACACGCGGCUCUUCACGCUAUUGGUUGCUCUGCGAGGUGGGGAUAUCGCUUCAGCGACACAAUCGGCGCAGCGACAUUGCGCUCACUAUUUUCCCGACGGGCUGAUAUUCCGCAAGUCGCUGUAUAGGCGGUCUAUCUAGGUUGCAAGGCCAAUAGUAGAAGCCUUCAAAACCGACUGUCUGCUACACUGUCCAACGCUGAUUGUCAACAAUGACACAAGGUGUACGGUGGAGCUUUAUCCUAUUGAUUCCACCUCCUCUUGCCCCAACACCCGUUUUGUCGCGGCUCCCCGUCCAUUGGGGCUGAAUGUCGAAGGGACUAUUUAACACUCUCUUCUCACUCCCCAUCCCCGCGUUUGCCUCGAUUUGGGCCUGAUCAGUCGGGGCCCUCCCGAAGACGACGGAACGAGGAGGCGGCGGUGGCGAUGGAGGCAAGAAGUCGUCGUCGUCGCCGCCGCAGCACCAAGGCUAUGUGGAUAAAAAAGGGGGUCAGCAGGAGUAUGGAACGAAACCCCCCUAAGAGACGGGCAAAAAAUCGACGAAAAUCGGAAGAAAAACAUAAGGGGCGAGUAAAGCGAUCGACUUGCCUGCCCCGUUUCGCUUACCCGACAGUCGGCUGCCGCGGGUGGGCGAGGCGGUGGAUUUGCGUACUGACCGUCAUGUUUAUCGCGAUCCCCACCAAAUGUGGCGCUUGUUUUUUUGGGGGCGAAGGAGCGCUCACUCAAUCUGCAGGUCUUGGACUGUAUAUUCCAUUAGUCAUGACUACGAUUUUUCCAUAGAAAUUCGGCGAAUACGAAAUCGCUCGGUCCGUAUGUUUAUUCCGUAGCAAAUUACAUGGAAUUACCUUUCCCAAUUUAAUUAUUUUUCAUCUUAUUAAUAGUCUAGACAGUAGUCACAACCCAUCCGGCCUCAACAGAUUUUAAUUCCGAUUCUCUGAUUUUAUAAUUAAUGAAGAAGCCGGGGCCCGGCUCCUUCCGUUGUUUUUCGGUAAACAACCCCCAUUCGUUCGUUCUUGUUUGUUUAUGGCACGCUCAUCGAGCGCUGAUUGAUGCUCCGCUUCCCGAAUCGUCGGUGAUCACUGGUCACUUUCGGCAUCACGCUGAACGGGGAAGUCGUUUUAAAGGCUUUGCCGAUGAAAUUUUGGUUCCGGACCGGGGCGAUGGGGUGCAAAUUUGGUUUUGUGUAAUGCGUUGUUGUUUAACGGUUAAUUUUGGGAGUUUUAUAGCAGUUGUUGUUUGUUUUCGAAUUGGUAAGAGGGCGAGGGGUAUUAUUACAUGAGAUUUCGAACAACAAGCAUUUUUUCGCUUGUUUUUUCCUUGCCAAGGUCUUUUCACAAAUUUUGUGUAUUGUCACAUACAGUGGAACCUUCGUGCAAAAACUUUCGUAUAACAAUAUCCCUCUAUAACGAGACAUAAUAAAGAUUUCAAGGGUCAUUUUGAGGGUGAAAUAAACCUCUACACAGCGAACCCUUUGAUGACAAAUCUAUUCUUUAGUUCCUUUGCGAUUUGCUAUACAGAGGCAUGGCUCUAUCUCCAUUUGCGGUAUUGACCACCUUUUGUGUCGAAAUCACAAUGUUUCUUUCAUUUUUUUUUACCCUCCGCUCCUUCGAUGGCACCAGCGCGCCACAAUACUUGGCACACUCCGUCACCGAUCAGCCGCCCAUCCCAGCCUCCUUUCUCCGAUUUCUCGCCCUCGGAACACUCUGUUUUUGGGGAUGGACACUCGAUCUGUUGGGGGGAGCCGGAGAAAGCGCAGAGAUCACACAGACUCUACCUCAGUCCCCCCUCUCUCUCGACGCCUGUAAACGAGCAGGCUUACAGUGCCGGACUCGAGCUUUCGUCUCUUUUUUUGACCAACCGACCUGACCUGCCGCGACCGACGGCAGAGUGUUUAGGCGAGGGGAGCGCGAGGCAAUGAAGAGAGAAAAGUCGCGGCUUUUUAUGGCUCAAUGUCCUUGAUGUUUUCGGUAAUAAGGAAGGCCGAAGAAUGGACAGUAAAUAGGAAGUGCAAACGAUACCGUAGGAACGGCUUCGGAACGCUUUAGGGACGCAUGGAGAAGUGGAAUCUGCGGGAAGGGCGUUGUUGAAAAAACUGCUGUAAAAGUUGUGCUUUCAAGAGUUUGGAAAAAGCGAAGAAAAAGUGGAACCUUCGGACAGAAAACUAAACGAACAAUUUUACAAGGCCUAAAAGAUGAUUUUAGAGAAAAAUGAGGGUCUGUAGAACAAAAACGUUCUAUAACGAACACUUUUUUUUUGAUUUUUUGCAGUUCCUUGUAUUAAAAGGGCCAAAAAGUCUUGACGUGUGUUGCGAAAAGUUGUUUCACUGUGCGAAAAAAAUUUCAAGGCUGUUUUGGCCCGACUAGUGCAUAGACUUGACUGUAUAGUCUGUCGGGAGGGCUCUGUCGCUGAGCCGAUCACAUAGGUGUAAAAGUGAAAAGCAAUUUGAUGUUGUCGCCACACAAUUAAUUUUCUCGGCGGUGAUGCGAUUUUCGAUGCGACAGAGUGCUCAUUAUUUUCCCGACAGACCGAUAUUUCUUUGUUAGCAACCUUACCGAUUACUUCGUAUUUUACACUUAUUCUUCUCUUCAUUGCUAGUUGAUGUAUAAUACAACUUGUAAAUUAACUUCCUCUCCUUCCAAAACCGCAAAACCUCAAAGAUCAGCCAGAUGAUUCGUGAAACGAAGACGCAAGGAGCCUGCAGUCCCCAAAAUUUUGAUUGCCUCGGAUUUGUUUGAUCCGAGAGAGAGAGAAGGAAGGAAACGAGCGAAUGGCUAGUCCCAAAAAAACGAAGAGAAAGCGGAGACGGAGAGAAGGGGGGAAACGGGGAAAGGUCUGAUCGACUCUCGUUUUGUCACGAAAAUUCUGUUUCUGACCAAAACAUGUGCUUAUCAAUGUGGGUUGAGGAAUGGAAGUAGCGGGAGAACACGAGGCUUUUGUGUUGAGAUAUGUUGGGCUAUAGUUGUGGUGGUAUACAGUGCUUUGUAAGAAAUGUGUUUGUUAUGCAAUAGUUUCGUUCUGCGGAGAUUUUUGCUGCAAAGUAACUAUUAGGACCCCUCUUUUUUUGUGUGCUAUAGAAAGUUUUGUUGUACGAGAGCUUGUCGUAUUGCUUCUUUACUCUAUAUAACCUUUUAUUUUGCUCUACAUUACUCAGUAAAGACAGCAAAACACAGACAGAUCUCUGCACAAUAAAACCCCCGGAAAGAAAAAAAUUUAUUCGUUAUGGAGGGGUUUUGUUGUGCAGAAGUUUAUUCUGACCUAAAAUUGACUCUUAAGACGCCUGAAGUUGUUUUUUAUAGACAGUUCUUGUUUACUAUAUAAGCUUCUUUGUACUGAGGCUUUUCUGUAUCCGUCUGUCGGGAAAAUAAUGAGCACAAUGUCGCAUCGAAAAUCGCAUCGCCGCCAAGAAAAUGAAUUGUGUCGCGGCAAAAUCAAAUGGCUUUUUACUUGAGUGACGCGGUUGGCGCAGCGAGCGCUCAAUAUUUUCCCGACAGACUGAUAUCUACUUGAAAUUUCGUAAAAUACUACUACUAACUUAAAUUUUCAUAAAAUGCGUAGACUUUUCGUCGCCAUUUUGCAUUGUGCAUCUUUAGUUUUCGCACCGUGCAUCAAAACAUUGCUGUGACGCAACCUUUGAAGUUCUGGCACUGUGCAAAAAAAAUUUUUGAAUUUCCUGCACAGUGCAUUUCUAUUUUCAUAUUUUGCACUGUGCGAAAAUCAAAAUUCCCGCGACAAAAGCAAAAUCGCACUGUGAGGUGGCGGCAAAAAACCCGGAAAAAAGUCUACACUCUUUAUGAAAAUACUAUUAUAAACAUAGUAAACUACCUUGCAUAUUCAAUCAAGUUCUCCCCCAGGCGCUUAAUCCGUCGCAUUUCCCUCUUACUAUCAGCAGAUUGUACCCUUGAUGUUACAAGUAUGUUCAUCAUUUCUCUGUUUGCUUUGGCUUUUGCAUAUAUUUUUGCAAACGUUGUUUACCGUUCUCUUUGUUUUUUAGCUGUUUCAUAAGAAUUGAGAAAAUUUUUUGGAGCGAUCUCCGGGCUAGACUCUUUUUUUUCCAAGUUUACCACUUUUUACAGUGUUUUGUAUUCUUUUUUCAUUUAUUUGAGUGUCUGAGGGUGUUUUAUAACAUAUAAUUUUGCAUAAUAUUUGGCGUAUUGUGGUUUGCGUUUUGUAGUUGUCGCGAACUUUGUGACUCAAGACACUAGUUCGUUAUAAAUUAUGUUUCAAGAAAUCUUUGACAAAAUAUAUAUUUGCGAAUAUCUUUGCGUUCCCUGCAGCUAGCUGAGAAAUCUAAAUUGCUUUUGAAAUUUGAAGUCGUAUGUUUUUACAAUAUGUAAAAGAUUUUUUUCUCGCUUCGGCGGAGAGACGUUUUUUCGGCGGAGACAUUUGACGUCUUUUUUUGGAAAAUUACAUCUUGUUACAAAGCGCAGAGGUCUUUAAUGCGAAUGUAAUUAGUGUUGUCACAUUUUUUAAUAUGUCGUCUGUAAGUCUUGGUUAAUUUUCGAAUGUUUUACACAUUCGCGGAGGCGUGGCGGAGACUUUUUUGCCGGCGGAGGCCGUUCUGUCGGCCAAGGUUCAGUUUGGCAUAAAAUUGGAUUUUUGGACCUUGGAAAAUGUUUGUUAUAGGGAGGCUUUGUUGCAGGGGAGUUUUUUAUAUAGCUUAUUUUGAAUUAACAAGUUAGAACUUUCCAGUAAAUAAUUAUAAAAAUUGUAAAAUAGAGAUCAGCCUUAUGCACAAUGACCCGAAAGAAGCUAAAAAAUUUGUUUGUCAUAGAAGGGUUUUGUUGUGCAGAAGCGCAUUUUAGGCUAAAAUUUUAGGCCGUCUCUUACGAGCUCUUAAAUUGUCUGUUAUAUAGAGGUUUCGUUGUAACUGUCGUCAAUUGUAUAGCAUUAUAUCUUUUGUUGAUAUCUAAUGUUACACCAUCACAAUAUGAUCCCGUAUUUUACCUUUCCCCAAUAUCACCCCCACAAUCGCGCAGAAUGUCGCAACAUUGCUAAUAAAGCCUAUAAACACCUUCCUCGGAACCGGAAGGAUCUCCCCCCUCCCAACCCACUUAUUCGCCCGUUUCUUCCGUCCAUUCGCGACACGCAGAGUCGCUGCUACCCGGUGAGAGUGCGCAGAGAAGGAGGGCGCCAAAUCAGCCUUGUUUUCGCGAGUGCCAAAGAAUCAGCGGCGACUUUCGGCGCCUUUUCUCGCCCUGCCCGCCUUUGCAAACGCGCUGCUGACCAAAACGGCAGGGGCGCGAGGAGGCGGAGGGGGCAAGAAGAAGAAGAAAAAGUGGGGAGUGGGCACAAACCGAUUCCAAACAGAUUAGGGGGCGCGUUUCUAAUAGGCAAUGGAUGCAAAGUCUGAGGGCGAUCGCGCGGACCUAUUGUUUUGGCAAGUUUAUGCGGAUUUAUGUUCCGAAUGCGUUGGAGACGAGGGCUAUUUCGUUAAUAUGUCGUUUUCUUAUGUUUUGAAGUUUCUUUAAGUGUGGCGCUGGAAAUUAGAGUCAUAGUUUUAGCUGUUUUAUAGUAUAUUAAAGGUCAAUGGAACUAAAAAACGUUAGUGGGGCAAAAACUUUCUACAACAAACUAUUUUAACGGCGUUGCGAGUUAAUUUUCGGCCAUGAACUAGCGGCUAACAAGACCCCUCAAAAGCAAAUUUUUUUGGUUUCUUGUGAUUCGUUAUACAAAGGCUUUACUAUAGACAAUCUACCAACUGCUUCUUUACUAUACUACCCUAUAAUUUACCCCUAUAGCGCCUUCCAAUUGCCGCGAUUUUCUGAUUUUUUCUAUCGAUCUUCCCUUAGGCUCUUAAUUUUACAACCUUUUCGUAUUUCCUUACUUUUUACAAAAUUCCGUGCACUUUUAGAAAACUUUUUUUGCAUUUCCCUAAUCCUUAUAUUCUACUAAAUAUUUUCACACCCCGACUUCCUUGUAAUAACCCUCUUCGUUGGACCAAAAACCAAGUUUUUACAGCUACCAAUUAGCUGGAUGAAGCUGUUACAAAGCCUUUUUUCGAACUAAAAACUACCGUCCAUUGGGUUACCAGAGAACCACAGCGACAUUAACAAAGAUAUUAAAAGAUUUUGAGCUGUUUUUUGGACGUGGGAUUUCGCAAAACACGUGAUAAUGUAGAUUAAGUCUCAUUUUUCUUCACUUCCCCCAAUUUUCCCUGUUUUCGCCCGUUUUCCAUAAAGAAGGAAGGUUGUUUUUGUACCAACCCAACUUUCGUUGAAUCCCUCGUGGUCCACAAUCUCCUUCAAUCAACUUGUAUUUACUAUAUUACCUUAUUUUUACCAGUUUUCUCGACAAAAUGCCAAGUUUUCCGCGUACGAACCACCCCCGCCAAUUUUUGUAUUUUCUGCGCUUUUCGAAACAAAUUUCAAUCCGUUUGUCUGUUCUCAAUUACCCAACAUAUGUGAGGUUUGCAGAUUGGGGCGCUAUGACCGAUGCACUCCACGUGCCCAACCAGGAUGAGUAUUUGAAACAAAAAGCGGAACAUCUGAAAAACCAGGAGCGAUUCGUUGAUUACUGUCAGCAGACGUAUACGGAGAGUAUUCAUCAGCAGCAGACCGAGUUCAUGAGUCAGAUUAAGCCGUAAGUUUUUUGGUUUUGGAGAGUUUUUGAGUUUAGGCUGGAAUUUUAAAGAUUUGGGAGAAAAGUGAUGACUAAACCUUACUUUAGGAUAAAAAUGAAGGUUUCUUAUGUCCUGGAAAAUGUUUAUGUCGCUUUCAAAGUUCUAGUGAACUUAGAAAAGCUUGUUUUUUUCACAGCUGCAUUUUUUUUUCAAAUUGCAUGCUGCACGGUGCAAAAAUUCCAAAAAAGCCAUUUGCACCGUGCAAAAUCUAAAAAUGCACAUUGCACCGUGCAAGACUGCAAUUAAUUAAAAUUUUAGUAAUAGACAUGUUAAAGAGUCCUCAGUCUUUCAAAAAAUACCAUUUUUAUUUUUCCUGCCCCAAGGCCUUUUGCAAUAUUCAAAUUUCUUCCUACACCACAGUGCACUCAACAAAACCAAAAACAAAUAAGUAACCACAAAAAAUUUCAGACACAUGGACGACUGUGUGAAGCAAGAAGUCAAAGAGGAAUAUGGCAUGCCAAAUCUCCCUUCCCAAUCCCCCUCAAAUGAUCAGAAACCCCCGUCGAGCGGCGGAAAGGUAAGUCUAACGCAAAGUUCUCUUCGAUUUGAGCAAAACAAAGAUAAAUUUAGCCAUUAAGCCCCUCGAAAUGACAAACUACAUUGUUUACGGGCUUUACAUUGGCCGCGGGCUACUGUAACGUGUUUACUUUUUGGCAAAAUCCCCAAAUUUUUAUGGAUUUUCAUGCAUUUCGGAUGGUUUUCGGAAGAACAGAUGAAUCGCCUCUAUUUUCAUCUAAUAAAAGAUGAAAACAGAGGCGAGAUCGUUAGUUAAUCAUGUCUGAAUACGACACAAAGGUUUUGGAAGCCCGGAAAAUCCGCUGUGACCCGCUGUACGGGGUGUAAUCUCGGUAUUUCUCAACGUUGUUUCGAGAAAAAUGAAAGAUUUUCUUUACAAAAAACACCUUGGAUAUCGGAUAAACAAGGGAUUAAAAAUUGCUUGAUUUAGGGCCGGAAACGUCAAUUGAUAAAGGAGGAUCCGGAUCAGGGCCAGAAGAGGCCGAACAUGGAGAUGAAUCCCCGAAUGAUGAUGGGCAUGCCGCAGGGCAUGAUGAUGAACAACAUGAACCAGCAGCAACUCAUGCAACAACGCGAUCCACGCAGCAUCUACCCGGGCGCCAUGCCCGGAAUGCCUAAUCCCAACAUGGCGAACGGAAUAAAUGGGAUGCCUCAGGGCAUGAUGAAUGGUCAAGGGCAGUUCUCGAUGCGCCAAAUGACUCCGCAGGAGAUGCAACGCAUCCACGCCAUGCGCCAACAACAGCAACGGAUGGCCGAGUUCCAAAUGCAACAGCAGCAGCAACAGCCCCCACUCCAGUCGCCCAACUACAACCCCAUGCAACGAGGCGGCCCCCCACCGAUGGGCUUCAAUCCCGCCAUGAACAACAUGCAGAUGAACAUGCCCCCCAACAUGAACAUGAUGAACAACGCGAUGGCCCAACAAAUGAACGGCCAGAUGAUGCGGGUGCCGCAGAACAUGACGCCCGAGAUGAUGAUGCAGUUCCGCCGACAGCAGAUGAUGAAUUCCAACCCGCAAAUGAACCCCCAAAUGAACCCCCAAAUGAACCCUCAAAUGAACCCGCAGAUGACGCCGCAAAUGCUGCAACAACAGCAAAUGCUACAGCACCAGAAGAUGAUGCAACAGCAGCAGCAACAACAACUCCCCAACUACAUGCCCCACAUGAUGCCGCAGACCAGCCAACAGAGUCAGAGCUAUCAGUUCAACAGCCCGCAGACCAGUUUCCCCUCGCCCCAGACCGUCCAGCCCGCGCAGAGCGGGCCCGUCCCCGCUCAAGUCCCCACCUGCGGCACGCCCCGCUCCGUGAACACGCCCAUGACCCCAUCCAUGAACCCGCAACACCAGCAGCCGGGCUCCAGCCACUCCACGCCCAACCACGUGGUCAUGAAUCAGAACCCGGCGUCGGUGACGUCCACGCAUUCCGAGCACCCGCCCUCCGUGCAUCAGUACCCAAUGUCGGCGAGUCAGCUGCAUCAGCAGCCGCCCAACUCGGUGCCGCAGAACUGCUCGCCGUUCGGUUCGAAUGAUGAUGAUGGCGAGUACCCGGUGGACUUGCAUGACCUGCUAUCCGAUACGACUUCGACUCAAGAUUUUGGGGAAAUCAACCCUGAGGUAAGUCGGGGGUGGAAGCGGUGGUAUCUAGUUAGAACACAGGGGCAUUCUCUUGAUAUAUCCGAAAUAUCAGGAUGGCAAGCUGCGGGUCAGAUGAGAUAUGAUAGUAAUACCAGUUUUAGCUCCUCAUCUAGUAUAAUAUAGGGAUUUUUUCUAGUAUGAUGUAGUUGAGCUCGGCAUUAUUAAGCUUCCCAAGUCUCUCUAGGUCUAGAUAUGCCUCAUGCAAAAAAUUGAGGCAAUAUCUCAUCUAGUUUCGGAGAUACUCACAGUUCUAUACCACCUACCUACACCUAGUACAACAUCCUAAUAUCUUGUUUAUUUUCAGUCCUACCUUGUCCUGGACGACGUGUUGAACAAUGAGAACCAUUUCAACGAAAUCUUCAAAAAUUCCACGGCGAUCAACACCUGA